CACCCACCUCCGGCCGCUCCCCGCCCGCGACGCACCGCCUGGACCCGGGCCCGGGGCGCCGCCCCCUUCCCAGUGCUCUGCCCUCACCUUUGCGCCCGCUCCUCGUUCCUCCGUGACAUGUCGCCCCUCAGCCAGUUCCGUUUCCCCACGCUUCCUAACGCAGACGAAAGCCGCUCAAGUUCCAGAGUGGCCAACCCCAUGGCGAUCCCGAUUCUCCCUCUUUCAGCUCUCACUCCUCCAGUGCCGACGGUAGAGAAAGACUUUACUCCAGGUCUUCCUCCUCACUGGGGAAUUGCCGGAAAGAGCAAACAAAAAAGGCGCUGGUGUAGGCUCCAAAAUAAACACAUCUGAAUUCAUGAUGGCAUCGACAGAGGCUCUUAUUGGAUUAAAAGUUUCAAAACAAACAAUAACGCUUUGGAAAAAGGGUUGAAUGCCUGCCUGCACCUUCAGGCACGACCAUGGAGAAAGGUGGGAACAUACAAUUGGAGAUCCCUGACUUCAGCAACUCAGUCCUCAGCCAUCUAAAUCAACUGCGCAUGCAGGGCCGUCUCUGUGAUAUUGUGGUCAAUGUGCAAGGACAAGCUUUUCGGGCUCAUAAAGUGGUACUGGCGGCCAGCUCCCCCUAUUUCCGGGAUCAUAUGUCCUUGAAUGAAAUGAGUACUGUCUCCAUUUCAGUCAUCAAGAACCCUACUGUUUUUGAACAGCUUCUUUCUUUCUGUUACACGGGGCGGAUAUGCCUGCAGCUGGCAGAUAUCAUCAGCUACCUAACAGCUGCCAGUUUUCUGCAAAUGCAGCAUAUUAUAGACAAAUGUACACAGAUCCUAGAGGGUAUUCAUUUCAAAAUUAAUGUGGCUGAGGUUGAAGCAGAAUUAAGUCAAACAAGGACAAAGCAUCAAGAUAGGCCUCCUGAGUCUCACAGGGUUACACCAAAUCUAAACCGCUCCCUUAGCCCACGACAUAAUACCCCAAAGGGAAACCGGCGAGGGCAGGUCAGUGCUGUGCUAGAUAUCAGAGAGCUAAGUCCCCCUGAGGAGUCCACCAGCCCUCAGAUAAUUGAACAGAGUUCUGAUGUAGAAAGCCGGGAGCCCAUUCUUCGAAUCAACCGAGCAGGACAGUGGUAUGUGGAGACAGGAGUAGCAGACCGGGGUGGCCGGAGUGAUGAUGAAGUUAGGGUUCUUGGAGCAGUGCACAUCAAAACUGAAAAUCUCGAGGAGUGGCUUGGGCCUGAGAAUCAGCCUUCUGGAGAAGAUGGGAGUAGUGCAGAGGAAGUCACAGCCAUGGUAAUUGACACCACAGGCCAUGGUUCUGUAGGACAGGAGAGUUACACCUUAGGGUCUUCAGGAGCCAAGGUGGCUCGGCCAACAAGCAGUGAAGUUGACAGAUUCAGCCCCUCCGGCAGUGUUGUCCCCUUGGCUGAGAGACACAGAGCCCGAAGUGAGUCUCCUGGGAGAGUGGAUGAGCCCAAGCAGCCAAGCUCCCAGGUAGAAGAAUCAGCAAUGAUGGGAGUAAGUGGCUAUGUGGAGUAUCUCCGAGAACAGGAAGUAUCUGAACGGUGGUUCCGAUACAAUCCCCGUCUCACCUGCAUCUACUGCGCAAAAUCUUUCAACCAAAAGGGGAGCCUAGACCGCCAUAUGCGCCUACAUAUGGGGAUCACACCAUUUGUCUGCCGCAUGUGUGGCAAGAAGUAUACCCGGAAAGAUCAGCUGGAGUAUCAUAUACGCAAGCACACAGGCAACAAGCCCUUUCAUUGUCAUGUCUGUGGCAAAAGUUUUCCCUUCCAGGCCAUCUUGAAUCAGCACUUUCGUAAAAACCACCCUGGCUGUAUACCCCUGGAGGGGCCUCACAGCAUCUCUCCUGAAACAACUGUCACAUCUCGAGGACAAGCUGAAGAAGAGUCACCUUCCCGGGAAGAGACAGUUGCUCCUGGGGAAACUGCCCAAGGCUCUGUGUCCACCACUGGGCCAGAUUGAGACAUUGAGGGGGAGGGGGCAGACCCUCUUCCCCUUUGGGCCAUAAACAGCCUGCAUCAGGGCCAUGGACUGGUACUUAGAUUCACAAAAUGUCACCUCAUUAAACCAGAAGAUGCUCCCAAGAUGUUGCCAAACUAGAGGAUCAACAAUAUACACAGAAGCACUAAAGGCUCUUCCCCUCCUCCUUCCCUCCUCACACUUUGGAAAAAAUCAAGCAAAUCAACUUUCUAAUUCAGGGAUCAACAGCCUUGGUUUGUUAACUUUAUAAGAAAAACAUUUUUUUUUAGCAAAACUAUGAUAAAUGGUCAUUUAUCUACCAGUUGUGUUUGAACACUGUACUUUGGUCCAUAACAUCUUGGUGGCUGUAAUUGCCAGGAUCUAAAAAAUGCAACAGGAGUCUUGGCCAUCUGAAGCAGCCAGCCACGAGAGAGAAGGAGGUAGUCAUGAUGGUGAGGAGGAAGAAUCUCUCCUCUUCCUUCCCUGCCGGAAUGUGCAUUUUCACAUCAAGAAAAAAAGAGUGAAUACUGGUGGUUCUUACUGUUCUGCAAGGUUAGACUUUAUCUUUGCCCUGACUAGGCAUCUGAUACUUUGCCUGAUCGACUCAUGUCGUCAACCAUCUUGGAGCAGUAUUCUAGUGGGCAGCCUCACCUGAAGCACUUUAGGCACCUGGAAGUAAAAUGAGUAGCAAAGUGUUUGCAAUAGGUAUAGCUGCACUUGGGGGCUUGAGUGAUGUAUUGAGGAAGAGAGGAGCAGGGAAGGAAGUGUUUCCAUGUUUUACAAAUGUUGAACAGCACAGAGCCAAACUGCAGCUUCCUGACUGGUAUUUGUACAGCGUAGUGCUCAUGAAUCCUUUGGUGUUAAGGAAAUGGCUCUAGUUCAGAUGAAUUAACCUGUUAGGCUGACUACCAAAGUUUCAUCCAGUCUCUUUGGCUCCUAGUUUCACAUAACAGCAAUAUUGUACAUCAGAAAUGUCACUUUCCAGUGAAUUGAGCCUGGGUUGUAUUUUUAAAUCCACAGGUCGUCACGUUUGAUAACUUUUAUAUGAAGUUUUAGACACAUUUUUCCUGCAAUAUUGUGGUUGAAGAGAUUUAGCACUAUUAUUCUUACUGCAACCACAAUUUCAUUUACUUCUACAUAUGUAGUAGUUUAUAUUUUCAGUCCAAUGAAGAACCUCAUUUAAAUCUAUGUCUCGAGUCUGCAAACCUAGAAAUUCAUAAACCAACCAUCAGCAAAUUGCUGCUGACUCCAAGAACUUUGAUUUUUAAUAACGCACCACAGGGCACUUACCAGAAAACAUCAUGCACAAUCAUGUUGCAAUAAAUGAUCAAGGGAUCAGUUUUGAUCAGGUUUGGUUACUUAAUCAUUCCUAAGAUUUUUAAAACUUCAAGGGACCUUUUUAGUAAUUCUGGGUUUUUCUGAGAUUCUUAAUCCAGCACUGAGAUAAAGAACUUACCAAACAUGUAGAGCUUUUGAUGCCCUGAUUUACAUGGAGAGAGAAAAGAGAAAAUAUUGGAACAUUAAGGGAUGUAGGCAAAGAAAUGCUUAAAACUCACAGUGCAAAUAACAAGAGAAAAAUCUCUCACUUCUCUUGAUUUUUUUUAAAAAAAUUUAAAUAUGUAAUGGUUUAACAAAUUGUUUUGUGCAGAGACAUAGAUGAUUGUGAAAGAGAUUUGGGAGAAGGCUGGUCAUUCCUGCACUGGUGAGCCAUUUGUGAGAAUGUUAGUCACGUGCUCCUUUCCUGAGGAUAUUUUGUGGUACAUGGAAAGGUGGAUAGAAAAGAUUUUUUUUUUUUUUGGUGAUAAAUUAGAAUGCAAAGCGUAGCUUUAAGCAAUCUGAGAAUUGUACGUAUGCAUACAGCUGCAUUCUUUCACUAGAGGAAGGUUUUCUCUUCUGGAAAAGUGUAGAAAUUCAUCUUUUAGAGGAAUGUGAUGUUGCUGCCAUUUGAUAAGAGCCUACCCUGAAGGGCAGCAUUGAGGUUAUGUCGGGCAUUCAGGUUACCCAAUGGGUCCUUCUCCUCCCUUGUUGGGCAACAGCAUGCUAGGGUGAAAACUGUCCCAUAGAGCAAUAUUAGGAAUUGGCUGUGCUCUGUGGCAUCGAAAACAUGGAGUUGAGAUUAGACUCACAUCCUUAGGAAAAAGUCUCAGCAGUCAAGAGGCUUUCAGUGACAAAAUUUGCCAUUACUGCAUAGGCAGGGAUGGGAAAGACAGAAGAUGGAGCUUUUAAGCCUACCAAAAAAGUUUUCAAGUUCCCUCCUACUUCUGAGAAAUAGUAUGUGGAAAAGUUCUGUAUUGCUUUGUUAAUUUCUUAGAAUAUAUAUGAGAAAAUAGAGUUUUUACACUAUUACCAAAUUGUAAAGGUGAAGUGCAGUAAUUUCUGUAACAAGAAACUGCAGCAUCUGGCAGUGCUCCAUCCAGGGUUAGAAAAAACAUCCUGCCUAAGUAGGGUCUAAGUGGUAUGCAGAUGCUGUGCUUUUACGGGGUUCCCCUCCCUUUUCAUUCUCCUCUUACAGGUUUUUACUGUGUUGAUACUGUGAAUGGAGCACUUCCUGGUUAUCUAGGACCACAUUAGCACAAUCAGGUUGGCUCGUUCUCUCCCCUUAGGCCUUGCGAGAGCCAUGAAAUUCCUGAAAAUUCAAGCCAGGCUAGCUUGUAAACAAAUUGAAGCUUCUAAAAGCAAUUUCCCUAGCUUAGUUAGAAGAGAUAUUAUUCUAAUUAUCUAUCCAAGAUUCUUAUCCAGGUUCACUGUGAUUUCUGUCCUAUUUCUUAGCUAACAUCACUCUUAGGGUCAUAGGAGUUUAAGUUCUAUGUACAUUAAUGAAUACUUGUAUUGGUGGGCGCAUGGACAAUACCUCUUAAGGACAUACUAAAUGGACGUUAGCUAAUGCUGAAAACUCGUUACCAAACUUUAACUUGCACGUGUCACCUUGUGAAGAGAACAGCAUUAGCAGUGAGAGCUAAUUCAUCAUUAAGUACCAGUGCCAUGAGAUUGCAAACACUGGGACUGUUUUCAUUUAUUGAGUGGCACUUAAUAGCAAAGGAGCUAUCCAGUAUUCUCUGCAGAAGAAGACAUAUGGCAACAUAUUAACCUAUUUUCAUUUUAGGAUGUACCUUUCAUUCUCUCUGAACUCUGAUAUCUGUAUAAAAUGUAGCAUUGGCAUGAUGGUGACACUGUACUUAGGCAGAAAGGCUCUUUCUAAUGACUUGUUCUCUCUCUUUACUCAAAACCAUAUUUACCUCUGAACUGCGUUGAAUUUUACUUUAUGUAACUUGCAGUCUACCCCACACCAUUUAUUACGCUAAAGAGUUAAUUCUAAGGGUGAAUGUAUAAAAAAAAUAGUUUGAAAAGGAUCAAGAUUGGAAAAGAAGAGAGAUAGCAGUUAACAUUUUCCUGUGUUUUGGCACUUUCUCGUGUUUCAGGUUCCCUCUAUCAGUGAAGCAGGACUUUACAAAGGUGGUAUGAAAGUAGACCUAGGUUGUUUCCUCAUUUCAUAGUUGACGACUGACUUUGGUUGGAAGUUAUCUGGUGGAGUGUGAAAUUUGGAGCUUCAUUUCUUAUAGCUGAGUGAUUUGUGAUUGUGAAAUGACUUUUACAAAGUUUUAGCUGUUACAUGACACUAAUUAUGUUUCUUUUAAUGGGUGAAAACUACAUUUUGUUUGACUAGAAGAUCAAAUUCAAAGAAAUGGAGAAAGAAAAGUAAAUGCAAUUGAGUCUUAAUCACAGUGGAAAAGGCAUCAGAAAGGAGUCAGAAUCCUAGAUGUUCGUUUUUCAGAUACAGCAGGCAUGAUUUUUUUCUCUUCUCAAUUGUUCUUCUCCUUAUUUGUUCAAAGAAUGACAGAUGAGUCUUUAUUGAACUUACUCUUUAAAAGUGCAGUUCUUUACUUAUGCCAUAUGAGAAACUGUUUAAAAUGUUGAAAUAAGCUGGGUACAAUAGUACAUGCUUAUAAUCCUAACAACUUGAAAAGCUGAGGCAGGAGGAUCACAAGUUCAAGGCCAACUUUGGCAAUUUAGUGAGACCCUGUCUCAAAAUCAAAAAAUAAAAGUCUAGGGGUAGCUUAAUGGUAGAGUGUCUCUGAGUUCAAUUCCCAAUACUACAAAAAAUAAUUAAUAAACCAUUGAACUAAUUUGUUAGCUAAGAUUUAGAAAAGGGACAAUAAGCAAUUUUCAGGUAGAUUCCUAAUUUUAAGAACGUACCCCUUAGCAAAGUAUCCCUAGGGCUUAUGGUCAGGGUUCAGCAAACAAUAGCCCUGGACUCAAAUCUUAAGGCCACCUACUGUAUAAAGAAAAUCAUGUUAGAUGAUUACAGGGCCACACCUGUUCACCUAGAUAUUGUCUACAGUUUCUUUCUACUGUAAUGAUGAAGUUGAGUACAUGAACAGCGAAGCUUGAAAAUAUUUACUGUCUAGAAUUUUGACAGAAAAAUUUGCAAUCUCCUGAAUUAGAUUUAGAAGAUUUGCUCCCCAAAUUUGUUAUAAUAGUUUGAUCAAAGUUUUAUAUUCAUACCGUCAUGUUAAGCAUCCAUUUCUUUCUUUCUCUCUCUGUCUCCCUCCUUUCACCCCCUCUCUCCCUCUCUGUCUCUCCCUCUUUCUCUCUCUCUCUCUCUCUCUCUCUCUCUCUCUCUCUCUCUCUCUCUCGGCAGUUUUGGGGACUGAACUCGGGGUCUUGUACAAGCUGAACAAGUGCUCUACCACUGAGCUAUAUAUCCCCAACCCCUUUUUAAAAGUUGUUUUUAAACAGGCUUUCACUAAGUUGCUGAGGCUGGCCUCAAACUUGCCAUCCUCCUGCCUCAGCCUUCUGAGUCACUGGGAUUAUUGGCAUGCCACCACACCCAGCCAAUGAAUAGGUAUUUUGAUUCUUAUCCAAAGCACAGUUUCCUAGAUUAGAAACCUGUAACUUUUCCUUCUUAUAAAUCUUCAGUUUAAUUUCCUCAAGUAAACUUACUCUAUUCCUAUGUGGAGUAGUAAAAAGCCAAAUUUUUCUCCCUUUUUGUUUUUAUCUUUUUCUGGAUAUUUUAAAAUAGUGAAACAAUCUUGUUUGACUUAUAUUCCUAUCUGUGUUGUUGUCUGUAAUUCUUUUGAGCUUAUAUUGGACCAUUACAUUUUUGCUUUAUGAAUCUUCAUUCUUAGUGUUAAGAUAGCUUACCUAUAUCAGAUGGGGAUAAAAUGGAAAAUGUUAGGGUGUUAAUAAACAGAAAUCCAUGCAAGAGGAAAUAUAAUUGCUUCUUGGAAGCAGUAUGUGAGCUUCUGAAUUUAAAUGUUUUUAUUUGGACAAAGUUUUCCAGACCAUGCUGAAAUAAUCCCAUGAGUUUGAUUUUUUUGUUGUGAGUCCUACCAGCAUAUGCAAAGUUCAGGUAGGUAAGUGUCUCUUAUAGGGUACCUCCUCAUGCUUAAAGUUGCCCUCUUCUAAUUGGAUAUUUGUAAAUUUUAAUAUGACAUAUUCUGGGCUGGGAAUGUGGCUCAAGCGGUAGCGCGCUCGCCUGGCAUGAGUGUGGCCCAGGUUCGAUCCUCAGCACCACAUACAAAGAAAGAUGUUUGGGUCCGCCAAAAACUAAAAAAUAAGUAUUAAAAAAAAAAAAAUUCUCUCUCUCUCUCUCUCUCUCCUCUGUCUUAAAAAACAAACAAACAAAUAAUAUGACAUAUUCUCUGAAUAAUAGGUAAUCCUCAUAAAGUUCCAGAAUGUUUGCCUAGAUUAGAUCUGCCUUCUCUUAGAGCACUUAUACCAUAGUAAUCAUGGCUUCUUAGUAUUUGAGAGUAUUAAUUUUCUGAUUUACCUGGAAUUCUGAUUAAUCUGGGAUGUAGGACUUGUGAGAGAAAUUGAAACUGAAAGCAUUGGAGUUUGCUAAGCAUUGUGAUUUUUGAUAAUUUGCAGUCUUUUUCCUUCUUUGCUUCCUACUUUUUUGUUUCCUGUCUUCAGACUUGUUAAUUUUAUUUUAUUUUUUGUGUUUUGCAGUGGUGCUGGGGAUCAAACCCAGGACCUCAUGCUGUAUAGACUUCUUGUUUUCAAAUGGUGCUUUUCCAAGGGCCAGUCUCUUUACAUAUAAAGUAAGUAGGCUUUCUUGCUCAGGACAAGCUGGAGUUGAAUAUUAUGAGUACUUUGAAACAUCUGAAUUUGUUACAUUCCAAAGAAAGUAAUUAUUGAUAGGGACCAUGAUAUCCAACCUGAAAGAUGUCUGCACAGAUUAUCCAGUUUUAUUGUCUAUGCAGACUGUCUUUCUUCAACUGUGACACACAGCAUUGCUUAAGAAACGUUACUUGAAAUCUACAUCUUAUAGGGGGUACAUAUGUAAAUAAGUUUCCUAUCUUAUGUCUGUCCCAUUACCUAUGUAACAAAUACUUCCCAUCCUAACCAAUGAAAGGAAACCCACUAGCUCAAAAAGCAGAAGCUUUAAACAACAAAGCUAUUAGAAAGUCAGAGCACUUAAUGAAAAAAAAAAAAAUGCUUGUUAUCUUCAUGUCUACUCAGUAGGUCCUGUUGAAGAGGCUAGAAUGCACCAUCCAGUUAGGAGAAUCUCGUGUUCAGCAUCUCAUAUGGCCUCCCACAAUUUAAUAUACUGUGAAGCUUAGGAUCUGAAUUAAUCCAUAAUGCCAGAAGUUAAAAGUAUCUGUAGGACCCUGUUUCCUAUUUGAAAUCACGCGUCUUCCAUAAUAGAUAAUAUAUAGGAGAAGCUGUUCCAUUAAAUAAAUAUUAAGUACUUUGGGACUAGGCAGCAUGCCUGGAAUUUGUAUAACAAAGUUGACUUUAGACAUAGUUUAAAUGUGACUUCCCAGACUUGAGAGUCCUAAACUUGCUUUUGGAGUCUGGGAUAUAUGCUUUUAAAAAGCCUGCACUUUUCACUACAGAGAUAAUAUUCAAAAAGAAAAGUCCAGAAUUAUCUGUACUGAGUGCUUUAGAGGCAUAAUUGUAGUCAGUCCAGUAAUCCUAUGAGGUGAUAACAGUAUUAAAAAUAGCCAACUGUUUUAUAUGCUUGUGUGCUUAGUUCUGUAUGCUUUACCUUGCUUAAUGCAUCCAAAACUUAGAACACUCCCAUUUCCUCAUUUUAGAGGAAAAGAAACAGGCAUAUCUUGAGCAACACAGCUUAACCUGACACUUAAUAGUCUGUGUUACCUCUAGUAGGUGAAAUUAUUCCACAUUUUAUAAAUGAGGAACCCAACAGGCCCAAGGUUACAUACUGGUAAAUUGCAGAGCCAGUAUUUACCAGUCUUAUUCCAAAGACCAGACCAUCUUCACUACUCGUGUCAUUUGCUCAUGAGUUAGGAUGAGCUGGAUUAUACAGUAGCCAAUAUGGUACUUGUUUUUGUGAAUUUGUAAUUGAAGAGUAAAUGAUUACAAGAGCUCUUCAAAAGAUAAUGCCACUAUGGUGAUGCCUCAGUUCACUUGGUGGUAUUCAGCAGAUGUUGGACUGGUCUGGAGGGUCCAAGAUGAUCUCAUUCAUAUGCUUGAUACCUUUUGUAGGGAGAGUUGCAAGGUUGGACCCAGCAGGGCUUCUCACUUUUCACUGUAUAUCAGGUACUCUCUAUAUGUUCUUCAUGAAGGCACUCAGAUGUAAUGUGGCAGCACAGGCUUCUGAGAUACUGGGUAGAAAGUGCCAGUCCUCUUAAAGGUCCAUAACUGUCAAGAGUCACCAUCUUACUAUUUUCAGAGAAGUCUGGUCAGCUCAGAUCUGAAGUGAGAGGAAGUACCCUACCAUUUUAUGAAAUACAAGUCAGGGAUUUGGAACCUUUAAUAUCUUACAUGUAGCAUUAGGUUGUUUUUUUCUUAAUUCUUCUAUCAAUUGUUAGUAACAUGGAAACCAUUUAUUCUGUCUACUGUUGGUCAGUAAAGGAUCUACAGGGAGAAUGAGACAAACACCUGGAGCACAUUUCCUUAGUUGCUCACCUCCUCCCAAGUUUAAUUUAUAGCAAAAUUUCCAUUUUUUUCAUUUUGUGCUGUAUUCAAAGUUGUGAGCAUUUGCCCGUAUUUGCUGUGAAGCCACAACUAUUAAUGCUGAUCCAAAUAAACUCCAGAGUAAAAAGCUUACUGUUGGAGAAUUUGGUUUAUUAGAAAUGACAGCCAAAUUUUACAUCUACAAAUGGGUGGAAACUCCUAUGGUAUGGAAAAAUAUGGCUACUAAUUUGUUUUUAAUAGGAGUUUCUAUUGUGUGACUGGAUGCAUCGUAUUGUUACAAUACUAAAAGUUUUACCUGUUUGUCUUGGUCUCUUCUAUACCUCCACACCUCUGGCAUAAUUUUGUGCUUGACUACCUUUUAUUCGGGAAAAUCUAUUGCCCUGUUUUAUAUUUCAUUAAUCUUUACAAAUUAGCAGUUGCUACUAGCUUCUGUCAUUCUAAAUAAAUCACUGAAGUUUUUGAUUUGGGGCUACAUUUAUCAGAUUUAGCAUGCUUUAUUUAAACUCUUGCUGACUCAUAAUAAUAAUUAGGAAAAAAUGAGACUAUUCCUGCCUUGAGAAGAAAUAUGAGCAGAGAGUGAAUUUUAGUCUGUGAACAUUCAUCCCCAAAGCAAAACAUGAAGAGAAAAAAAAGUUUUGAGAUUAUCUACUCCCUGGGCAGUGGAUCCUGGAGAAUUAGUUGUAGAGACUUCUUACUGGCCAGCUCCAGUUGUCGAAUAGAAAGAGAUCUCUGUCUAAAGUCAGGCCUCAGGAAUUGCAAUUUUGCAGGAAAUAAAAGAGGUGCUCAUGGCCAAAGACUUAAUUUCAGGCUCUACAAAAUGCUGGGAAGGGAAAAAGACAUUUGGCAUUUGCAGUGGAUAACCAGAGAGGAAAUGAUUAAGGUUAUUCUAAAGCAUAAAGAUUAAUCACAUUUUAUCAUGUUGAGAUUGGGGCAGAGGCUGGGGAUAUAGCUCCAUUGGUAGAGUGCCUGCCUCUCAUGCACAAUGCCCUGAGUUCAAUCCCCAGCACCACACACACACAAAAAAGAUUGGAGCAACGUUUUAAUAUGUGAAAAUAACAGUCUUAAAACUCUUUUUGAUCCUCAUUUCCACCCUGGCAUAAUCCACUUACCUCAAAAUCUGCCCUUUGUGACAAAGAAAGCCUUUGAAAACAGUCCCAAGGAAUGAAAAUCUUUAUGUUAAUAGCUUUUGGGCCCUCUCUAGGUUCUCUGGGUGGUUGCACGAGAAAUAAGCUCUGUGGUCUUGAAAUGAAAAAGAACAAGAUCAGAAAAAAAAGGAAUCUUAUAGAUUGACAUUAUUUUCUUUCUUUUCAGCAUCACAAGUCUAAACCAUUUCAAGCCAAUCACAGCAACUCAAGUGAGUAGAAAUUGCUUAAGGUUUAGAUGUGUGCUUUUAGCCACUUCUUGAAGCAGAUAUUGAUGACAUAUUUGAAGGUGAUCUACCGAGUUUUCUAUAGAGUCAUAGGAACUCUAGUGGUUAAGAACCACUCAGAAACAGAAAUGUUUUGCAGGGACAAAGCUUAAAAUGUUUCCUCUGGAAGCCAAGUGCUAAAACAGAGGUUACUAAAAGUGUGGCUAAAUCCACCCCUGGAAUGGCUAUCAGAUAGCAUAAAUAUUUAGAAUUUAUAUGGUAUUUCUAAUAUUUUUACAAAAAUAAUUUUAAAUCAUGUAACUUGAAUUUUUUAAGAAUUAGCCUGUUUUCUUUUUGGAAAAUUGGCCCAGGAAAAAUAGCACUAAUAUAAUUCCAAAUGUAUAUGCAUGUGCAUUGAACACAGAAUGGUAUACUAAAGAUAGUUCACACAAAUAACUUUUGUGGGAAGUUUAGCUAUUUUCUUAAUAACUUUUCAUAAAUGUUUAUAAAUAUAUUUACUCAUCCACCAUGAGCUUGGUAGCAUAGAAGCAUUUUGUUAGCUGUCUUAUUGAUUCUAAAAAUCAAAUUCUUGGCAUAGUAGGCUGUGACAGAUUUUUGUUAACUUUGUAUUUUGGCUAAGAAAAUUAUUUCUUGCACUUUCUAUUUAUAAAGAUACUAUGACACAAUGUACCCACUUAGUGCAGCUGUUCUUUAGAAACAAAAGAUGUAGGUGUUACAAGGAAAUAUAUGUCUAGAACCCUGGCAAAACUAAAGCCCUCGGAAAAAUAAACGUGGCUUGCAUCUACCUGAGAAGGACUGGGGAUUGAUAUGAGAUUUAGUUGAAAGUAGCUGUGGGUAGGCUUCCUGUGGCUGUGAAUGGCAGUAUUGCUGAGUUGCCAGCUGUAUGUAUUCGCGUUUAUGUACGCAUGUGAGAAAAAGGUAUUUAAUGAAGGCAGAUAAGUCAGUGUAGAAUAUUCUACCUCCCACUAGAGACUGAGCACAUUCAAGAUUGCCCUUAGGCAGGAGCUGGAUUCCCUCAGCUACUGUCCACCCCCUUUCUCUUCCGUAACUCACUUCAGCUCCUCUACCUCUGAGCACUUGGCUGAAGAAAGAGUGGUGCUUUCUGAAGCAAGCAAAGGAUAACCAGGCCCAGAACACAGGCUGCAGUGUCUGAAAUUCUUAUUAUGUGCAGAUAUUAAUGUUUUAUGUGUUGCCGAAAUGAAAAGUGUCGGGACACUGAGGCUUAACUCUUCUAUCCACUGGCUUCUGCUUGCCAAGAUAGCCUGUGGAGGUGGGCGCCAUUUGUUUUUAAGGAUGCACCCAGUGCUUUCUAAUGAGGUGAAAUAUUUGUUUGAGUGCCAGUUUUCUUUUUUCGUUGCCAUUUGUGGUCCAUUUUGGCAGGACUGGCAUAUUAACCAUCUUUCCCUGAUAAUGAGUCUCUGCCAAUAUCUUACAUGGAUGUGUGCAUGACAAAGGUUUUCAGAUGAGCUGUUUUGCUUUUAAUCACUCCAAAGAGAAAGUCUUGUUUUUAUUGCUGAUACUGUUGUAAUAGACAAGAUGGCUUCACCUGAAUGGAGAUUUGGUUUUAGUAAUAAAAGGCCUUUAGGCAGACCUAAUAUUAAAGUCCAGUGUAGCAUUCAACUGAUUUCCUGUCUGGGGCAUUAGCACAUAACACACUGAGUCCAGUCAGCCUGCCUAUCUCUUGAACACUUGCGACUGCCACGGGUUAAGGCUGGCCUCAGCAGUCAUCCUCGAGUGUGUUCCACUUCUUCAUUCCUGUGGUGUGAUUGGUGGUGUUGUCUAACAGGGAUUCUCUAUUAGGAGUGGAAAUGAGAGCAUGAUCCAUUUCAGAUGUUUUAGGGGUCACUUUAGGGCACUAAUAGAUAAGUAUUUACUGGUAAGCAAGUGGGGAGUAGAGAACAUGUAAACUUCCAAAGAAGGGUUACAAUGGAUAGAGUAAUUCCUGCUGGAACGCAGCAUGAAUCCUGAGGAGAUGAGAUGGCGAACUAUGUGAAUCUGUUCCCCACAGCUCUGUCUAACUGUAGACUAGUUCUCAGCCUAACAGCCAUGCUAACAUGCUAGACUCAGGAAUUAAUUCCUGCUUAGGAAAAAUUUUCCCUCUGGCUUUUUGAUUGAUUGUGCUCAGAGUCUUGUCCCAGGCUUGCCUCCUUAUGUUUUGCUAUAAUUCGUACUUAAGGUGCAGACUUAACCUAAAUCAGUACUUUACUGUUGAUGUUGCUGCCUAUUCUGGACAAAGGGAUUAAUUAGGGGAAAAAAAGUGAGAAAUACCUAGGUAGUUUCAUUGAAGCAUAUUAAAUCCAUGAGUCUAGAAGGAAGCCAUAGAUUUUUAACUCCCUCUGGCUUGGAUGAACACUGAACUUAUGCUUUCUAUUAAGAAACCUGUUAACCUAGGCCAGUGGUUCUCUAUCUUAGAUGAGACCCCUUCUAGACAUUCACAUUUAAUUGGUCUGUUGUGCAGCUUGGGCUUUAAAAUCUUCCUGUUUCAGGCAUGGGGUGCACACCUGUAAUCCCAGCUGCUCCCAAGGGUGAGGCAGGAGGGUUGCAAAUUUGAGACCAACCUCAGCAACUUAGCAAGACUCUGUCUCCGAAUAGAAAGGUCUAUGGAUGUAGCUCAGUGGUGGAGCACCUUGGGCUCAAUACCCAGUGCCAAAAAAAAAAAAAAAAGAUUCUGAUAUGCAGCCAGGGUGGGGAAUCACUGCCGAACUAGAUAAUCUCAAGCUAGUUGUCUUGUCAUAAAAUAUCUUGAUUGAUAUCCUGGCAUUAUAGAGGGCCAAGGGUCAGAUGAUAAAUGAUACAUCCAUUUCUCCUCAGAGUAAUUCUGGACGGAAUUGUUGUGAUCCAUCCAGCUUCUUCUCUAAACCAAAUACUGAGUGUGCCUGAGUAAGCAAAACAAAUUUGUGAUGUGAAUAGAGAUUUCUUUCUUUCUUUCUUUCUUUUUUUUGGCAAUCAUGGAUUGAACCCAGGGGGUAUUCAACCACUGAGCUACAUACAUCCCCAGCCCUUUUUGUUUGUUUGUUUGUUUGUUUUUUGUUUUUGAGACAGAGUCUCACUAAGUUGAUUAGGGCUUCGCUAAAUUGCUGAGGUUGGCUUUGAGCUUUCGAUCCUCCUGCCACAGCCACAGCUUCCCUGAGUCGUUGGGAUCACAGGCUUAUUGGGGGUGGGAAGGUUGAGUAGAGAUUUCUCAACUCUGGUAGCUGAAAUAGAGUCCUUGAAUGUAUUAAAAGAGCUAUUUGUAAACAGUGAGGUAGCAUUGGUGAUGGGGAAGAGAAGGAUCAUGCUUGGGGCCAUCUUGAUACAUUGUCUCCUGGUUUGUCUUCUCAGUGGGAUUUCUGUGUUAAGUGACUCACUUUUCCUUGAAUUUCUUUGUAAAUGAAAUUAACUAAGGCAUAAAUGUUUCUGAUUAUUAUAUGAAAUGUGAAAUGAGUUAUUUUAGCAUCUUUGUUCCAGUAUGGCAAAAGACAUCACCCAGUAAUUCCCAAUGAGAUUCCAUAUCUUCCAUUCUUACCCCAGGUAGUAAAGGUGUGUUUUUCAUGGCAGUCAGGGUUUGUUACUGCCUUUGGCAACCUCACACCUGGUAAUAGGGAGGGGAGAAUUGUUGCAUUACCCUUAAAAAGUGAGAACCACUGUUCAAAUUAACUAGCCACCAAGUGACUUCUAACUCAUGAAAGAAAUUUGUUUAAGAGCAAGUUCAAAUAUAGCAGUCUUGUCUUCUCAGUAUUCUCAACACCACAGAAAAUUUCAUUCAUGUAUUAUGUAUAACUUAUUGAUAAUUUGAACUUCAAAUAGGUGGUGUGUGCAAAAAGAAAAAGUAGGUUGAGGAAAAAGUUGAUUAGUGCAGAGGACUGGGUUAGCAUUUGACUAUGAAGUUGGUUUGAAGUGCAUUUAGGCCUUGCUGUUGCUCAGCAUGUCAGUGCCAUGGUGUCAUCAGACAGGCCUUCUGACCUUAGAUUUGCUGAAGUCUUCCUAUUAGUGGAAAGACAAAAGCAACAGCCUGUGGGACUCCAAAAAGAGUAGCCCCUGAAGAACAUUAUGGAGUACUGUGAAAUAUUGCUGAACUUUAUGCAAAGUAUAUCGCACUGGAAUUUUAAGAUUUUGAGCAGGGGAGAAUGGUGGGGGAGGAUGGGGAAACAGUAAAAGAUUAAUUAUAAACACGUACUAUGUUUUAAACAAGGAAUGAAACAAAUUCCUUAAAAGGAAUUUCCCAGAUGGACUGUGAAGUUAGGUCAACCUCUGCCCUAGUGAGUUGGCUUGCUGAUCCCUAAACCUCUAGGGAAUCCUUUCUGAAACAACUAAGCAAAUACUAGCCUGACCACAGUCCACCACUGCCCAUCCUCCUGCCCUAGCAAAGGAAAACGUUCCCAUAUUAUAGGCUAACGAAGUGUGUGUUCCAGCUCAUCCACCAGCUUUUCAUCUGCCUAGAUAUACAUGCACAAUUCUUAGCCUGUCGCAUUAUUUUGUGAUCCAAUAGCAGAACUUAAAAUGGAUUCACUAGUUGAGUCAGGAACGUCAGUAUCUUCCUUUCCCUUAAAGAAACCUUAAAAUCAGAACUCUGGAUUUUUGGCCUGUCAGCCUACUUGAGUAAAGGGAGAAAUAGGGAGAACAUUCAGAUUUCCUGGUUCCUCAUAAUUUGGGGAUGGAACCCACUUAUGCACUGCCUCCUGAGACACAAAGAGAAGGUUGAGGGUUCAAAGAUAGAAAAGUCAGUGUAGCAGAAAUGUGGUUUCCUUCAGAUGGACACAGUCUGAAAGAAAUCCAACUGUUCUCUAUGGUGCUUAUACGAUGGGUGACAGCUCUCCCCAUCUACCUGUCCCUGGCACUGUGCCUUCCCACUGGUCACUGUGAAAAGCAGAUCACACUGGACUCAGAGGCCAGAACCCAGGACGAGUUUCCCCUUCUCACCUUGAACCCAUCACUUUGUACAGCUUAUAAUGUAGCAUUUAACUUCUCCUUGGGAAACUUGGUUCCCCACUCCCCACCAAUAAAUGAUAAAGCAUUGAGAGUAAAAUAGAAAAUAAGUCUCUGGUGGUAGCUAUCAAAUAAAGAGAUCAUAGGAAGAUUUCACUCCCCUACAGUUGAUAUUGAUAACAAGAAUCAACUGUGCCUGCUUCUUCCUGAGUUUCUAAAGGCUACUGUAGUAUAUAUAAGUAACGUAACAGUUUUUCACAACUUGCUAUUAUUUUCACAACUUGGAUUCGUAUUAAAACAGACAAUCAGUUUCUAAAAUGUUACUCUGGAAGGGAAUGGGAUAGAGUAUUUUUAACUAAGAACCUACCAGUCUGUUUUUUCCUUUUGAAAAACCCUAACAUUUGAGACUUGUGUCUUUCAUCUGCAGCAGCUACUCCAUUAAUAAUACAGAUGCCUCCGAAAGGCCUGCGAGCCAGGAUGCCAGACUGGCCUUUCGCAUCUUAUUUCCUAAGACUAUCUGUUUUUAUCAUGUCCUUAAUUAUAAAUACCUAUAUAUAGGGUUAGGACUUUCACCCCACCCUCCCUUAACCAUAAUCACUUCAGUGUGAAUCACCACCUCUCCCCUGUCCCCUUUACUGAAAAAUGCACUUUAAUUCCUAAGGAGAGUGGCUGUUCUGGCUCUGAAGCCAGAGUACUUCAGGAGGAGAGUGGAGGAGGGAGAACUCUUGCCAGACCCAUCAGAUUAACCAAAUGUCUUAUUGUGAACACACAAAUAAUAUCCAUUUUUAAGCUGCCCCCACCUACUCCCUGCCAAAGGGAGAAAGAAACAACCACCAAGUUGAAAUUGUUCAAAAUGCCUACACUGAUUUUGGAAAUUUCACUGGAGGGAAGAAAAGGAAAAAACCUAACACUAGGUGAUUUUGUCAGCUACCAAAUUGUGAGGAACUUCUGUUUGUUUUGUGGGAGGCCGAGGGGUUUUUUUGAUUAAAAUUCAAGUGAUACGAUCCAGAAUUGCAUCGUCCCCAAGUAUCAGGUUGGUUCUCCCUUACUUUGACAGGUGUCCUCGCACUCUCCUCCUGCAGACUGUCCUUCCCCUGGUGACAAGCCAGUUAUUCUUGGAGGGUAGCAUGUCUCCUAGAACCCCAGGAGCCCUGUGGUGUUGGGGAGGGGGGCGGGCAGCAGGGUGGGGGAGGGCAAUUCCCAGAAGAAUUAAGAUGUGGGUUUAUAUGAACAUAUUUAAAGCAGUUUAGCAAAAGCUUUCUCGUUGAACAGCUUUAAGAACAAUGUGAAUGAAAUCUUAGCAACUUGGUUAGUAAUCCGAAAAGUCUAUUAAUGUAUACUUGAAAUUCUGUUUGUAUGAAAAUGCAUUUUCCUCUUUAUUUUAACACUGUGUAAAAGACUAUUAUGCAUGUGAGUGGUUUGAGAAUUAAAUGGUUUAAUACUCAGAUUUGAAUCUGUCUUGUCUGUAUAUAGAGAUCAAUUUGUUUCUGUUUUUGGAAGUUUUUAAUGUGAUGGGAAUAUUGAGAAUUCCAGUUAGCCCUACCUUUUCAGGAUCGAUCUUUCUUUCUUUGUUUGUUUCUUUCUUUCUUUUCUUUUUCUUUUUUUUUUUUUUUGUACCAGGGAGUGAACCCAGGGAUGCUUAACCAUUGAGCCACAUCCCCAGCCCUUUUGAGACAGGGUCUCAUUAAGUUGUUUAGGGCCUCGCUAAAUUGCUGAGACUGGCUUUGAACUCGUGAUCCUCCUGCCUCAACCACCCCAGCUACUGGGGUUACAGGCAUGUGCCCAUCUUAGUCCUUUUUAAAUUUUAUUUUAAGACAGAGUCUGGUUAAGUUGCCCAGGCUGGCCUGG